UGAUUUGGAUGAAAGUAACUCAACAACACUCAGGUGUGGCCUGAAGACGUCGGGCCGUGGACCAGUCUAAGGCUCCGAACUUUCCUGAGUCAUCCUCCCCCGGAACCAAGACGUCUGGAACGGUCAACAGAUCCUAGCGUUUCUUCUUCGGACUGACCAAUUGCACAAGUCAUCGUUUUGGUGAUCGCAAUUGAUCAUUUUGUAGCACGACGCGUUUGAAAUACGCAUAGAAACUUAGCUACGCUAGAGGAAUUAUUCCUAUACCGUUAUCUAGCCGAGUUGUGUUUUGCGUUUAUCAAAUUUCCACGAGAAAGUAACUUUUAACUUCGUCUGUGGGCGAGUGGCUUGCUCAUGGCAAUCCCCAAAGAUCCCGGAUAUAAACGAAUCUAGCCUCUGCUCAGACAGUCACUGCUGAUCCUAGCUGCUGAUAAUGCCCUCUGGUUGCAUGGGUAUGGUCCAAAGAAGGGAGCUGAGGAAAGCCUGAAACAAACCAAAUACUGUGAAGGCGCCCACCAUUUCUCCGCCCAUAGCUCAGAGAGGAAGUGAAACCAAGGGAUUGAGACCGAAGCAGUUCAAUGGAUGAAAACGUUGCAUGGACUGUAGAUUGAAAGAGGAAGAACUUCAUCCUCUCAGAUUUUUGCUUUUGGUCUCUGCUUGUACAACCUUUCAGGCCCCUCUGCCUGUUAUUUUGUUUCUUGUAAGAUGUGUGUGAUAACUUGACGCAGAGAUGACAGUGAGACUGUGGGAUAAGCAAAAGUGGUAACUGAGAAGAGCAGUGACGUGAAUCCUUACAUCCGUAUGCUACCCACUGGAAUAUCUAAGUAUUAGCUAAUCAAGCAACAACAAUCCGUCUACCUUGGACACAGACUAACAACUGAGCACUUUCAGACGCUCAUGGAUGUAGUGACUGACUGCCAGAACGCAAUUUGACGAGGAUAGUCUCUUUGCUCAUGUGUAGAGUUUAACGUGCCAGAAGUCCUUCACCGUCUGUCACUGCAGCCCAACUUUAAGGGGGACACUUUAUGAUGGAAAGAGAACUUAGGUAAACCUGUGAUGAGUCGGAAUGUGGUGCUGCAAAUAACUGGGAAUCCCCUACUGGAGUUAGUGGGAGGAACUGGAACUGAAGUGGAACCAGAACCAACCGAGGCCUAAGCACGACAACUGAAUGCCAUGUACUAAACUGGAAAUACGCUUGAUUUAACUGGUAAUUAUUGCACUUGCGAGCGUUGGGGGGGAGACUGUUUCAUCCUGGGAUUUGGGAAGACUGGAAUCUGUUCCUGUGGAACUGCAUUUAUUGGGAGAGGAUUACUGAAACCAACAGAGCACUGACUGCAGAAAUGGCGGGGCCGGGAAAGGACUACAACCAUCUCUUCAAACUGCUCAUCAUUGGAGACUCCAAUGUAGGGAAGAGCAGUCUACUACUACGAUUUGCAGAUAACUCCUUCUCUGGUAGCUACAUCACUACGAUCGGCGUGGACUUUAAGAUCCGUACAGUGGACAUCGACGGGGAGCGAGUCAAACUGCAGAUCUGGGACACGGCGGGCCAGGAGCGCUUCAGGACCAUCACCUCAACGUAUUAUAGAAAUACCCACGGUGUGAUUAUUGUUUACGAUGUCACCAAUCCAGAGUCGUUUGUGAACGUGAAGAGGUGGCUUAAUGAGAUCACUCAGAACUGUGACAACGUCUGUAAGAUCCUAGUGGGGAACAAGAAUGACGACCCCUCCAAGAAGCAGGUGGACUCCCAGGAUGCAAUGCGUUUCGGGGAGUCGGUUGGUGUCCGGGUAUUUGAGACGAGCGCCAAAGAAAACAUCAACGUGGAAGAGAUGUUUAUGGCUUUCACUCACAUGGUCCUUCGGACAAAGAAGCAGAGUCAGAGUCGUGCAGAGAGAGAGCGGGAACGAGAGAAGGAAACGGUCGACAUCAAUUCUCACAGACACCGAGAGAGGAGGAAGAGGGGGAAGAAGUGUUGCUGAGGGAGAGAAAGGAAGGCGAUUUUCUAAGAAAAGGACAGACCAAUGGAGAGUCGAGCAUCCAAAGUCUGUCUGCACUCAUGGGGAAAGAGCCAGGACAUUACAUGUUGACAUUGCACUGAGGCAAGAUUACAAGAGGGUAAGGACAGAGAACCACUAUUAUGUGCCGAAUUUUUACCUUAGCAGUUAUUUUUUAUGAAUGCAUAAUAAUGUCAUUUUAUCAUUAAAAGGGAAACUGGAUCCCCACUGUGUCAAACUGUCAUUAAAACCCCUAAUUUAGGAAAUACACUAAUGACUUCAAAAGUGACUAGAGUGAUGUAUCUGUCUUAUUUGUAAUGAAAAAGACUGUCGUGAAAAAUGUAACAUGUCUAAAUAAACAGUGAGCAAUAAAGUCAA